AUGAUCCUAGGCGAGGCCUUGGUGUGUAGGCAUGUAGGCAGGGACUGGAGAUGGGCCAGAGGCCAGAAACAAAGAGAAGAGUACAUCAGUAUUCUCAACGCUUUCAUUGACAAAAAAGACAGCUAUUAUUCCAUCCAUCAAAUUGCCCAAAUGGGAGUUGGAGAGGGAAAGCCUAUAGGCCAGUGGUAUGGACCGAACACAGUUGCCCAGGUUUUAAAGAAGCUGGCAGUGUUUGAUACGUGGAGCAGAUUAGUCGUACACGUGGCGAUGGACAACACUGUGGUCAUCGAGGAGAUCAAGCGUCUCUGUAUGCCCUGGCUGGACGCUGCAGGAGCCUGUGGUGGAGCGGGCGAGCUCAACGGCUGCCUGGAGGGGGCGUGCGCCCUGGCCGAGGAGGAGACGGCUCUCUGGAAACCUCUGGUCCUGCUCAUCCCCCUCAGGCUGGGCCUGAGUGAUAUAAAUGAGGCCUACAUCGAAACCCUCAAGCAAUGCUUCAUGCUGCCUCAGUCCCUGGGUGUUAUUGGGGGGAAACCCAACAGUGCCCAUUACUUCAUUGGUUAUGUCGGAGAGGAACUCAUCUAUUUAGACCCACACACCACGCAGCCUGCAGUGGAUCCAUGUGAAGAUGGCCAAGUCCCUGAUGAGACGUACCAUUGUCAGCACCCCCCCUGCCGCAUGCACAUCUGUGAAUUGGACCCAUCCAUCGCAGCGGGUUUCUUCUGCAGAACAGAGGACGAGUUUGACGACUGGUGUAUGCGCAUAAGAAGGCUGUCAUGCAACAGAGGGGGCCUGCCCAUGUUUGAGCUAGUAGACAGUCAGCCCUCACACAUGGUCAGCGUGGAUGCCCUCAACCUUACUCCUGAUUUCUCGGACUCGGACAGGUUGGAGCGGUUCUUUGAUUCAGAAGAUGAAGAAUUCGAGAUCCUUUCCCUCUGAGGAACUUAUGAACAAUGAUUUGCUGUUCUGGACAGUUUGGGAGAGAUUGUCUCUUCUCUGUACCUGAAGGGAAGCCUGAGGGGAUGAACAUUAACUGGAGACUUCUUGAGCCAGUCCAGCUCCAAUGGUGUAGUCAGUGUGUCACAGCGUUCUUCUCAACAAUGCUCUCUGUAUCCUACAUUGAGACUGCCUGGUGGAAGCUGUAGCAGGAGCUCAGGAUACAUUCUGUAUGCACAUCUUCACAUACAUGCGUUUCCAUUUGAGUCUUAACACUUUAAAUGUUUUUUCUGAAGUGAUAUGGUGCCUUUCCCUGACUCCAUAAGUAAAAUUGCCAUAACAUUUUUAUGUUGUAUAGAAACACAAUGGUUUAUGAUGCCCAUGGCUUAUGCGGUUUGUCACUAAUAACUCAAGUCUGUAAACAGCCUGUAAUGAAACCUAAUUAAGUCAAAUCUGCAGACAAGUUCAAUCAAUUGUUCAUGCAAAGUAUCCUUGCCAAGUUUUAAUUUGAAGAGUAUUUAUUUAAUCAACAAAGUAAAUAGACAGGUGAAAGAUCAAUACACAUGUAAGAGGAUUAAAAACAAAUAAAGUCAGAAUCUGGUAUUU